CUCCUAUAGGCUAUGGACUCGGAGGAUGACCCCUUGCUUCAGGAUAUGUGGCUAGAGGAGGAGCAAGAGGAGGAGGAGGAACCAACGGGGGAGGCCUUUAGGAGGGCCCAGAAGUGGGGGCCCCAAGUUGGGACAGGAGGGCAGUGUUGCUGGAGGCGCUGGACCUUGCCCUCCCGGCCCCCAGCCCUGGGCUUCUGGAGUACCCUGGGCUGGGCCUUCACCAAUCCGUGCUGUGCAGGGCUGGUGCUCUUCCUGGGCUGCAGCAUCCCCAUGGCCCUGGCAGCCUUCAUGUUCCUCUACUACCCACCACUGGACAUUGACAUCUCCUACAACGCCUUUGAGAUCCGCAACCACGAGGCCUCCCAGCGUUUCGACGCCCUCGCGCUGGCGCUCAAGUCCCAGUUUGGGUCCUGGGGACGCAACCGACGCGAUUUGGCGGACUUCACCUCUGAAACGCUCCAGCGCCUUAUCUCGGAACAGUUGCAGCAGCUGCACCUCGGCAACCACUCGCGGCUGGCCCCCAGGACCCCACGCGCUGCCCCUGGGGCCCCAAAGCACGGCCCAGGCCAGUUGGGGGACCCUUCUAGGGACCAGAAACCAGCAGCCAAUCGGAGUGGGAGUGUUCGGAGCGAGAUCCCGCCCCUGGUGGAUCUGGCAGCCAACCAGAGUGAAGCCCCCGUGAAACAGGGCCUGGAGAAGAAUGGGCGGCGCCAACCCAAUGCACCACUGCCCGAGAGCGCAGCCAAUCAGAGCCGUGCCCGCCGAGGCGCUUCUCACUGGGACUACUCACGCUCCUACGUCAGUGCCAAUACCCAGACGCACGCGCACUGGCGCAUCGAGCUCAUCUUCCUGGCACGUGGUGACACGGAGCGCAACAUUUUCACAAGUGAGAGGCUGGUCACAAUCCAUGAGAUUGAGCGCAAGAUCAUGGACCACCCAGGCUUCCGGGAGUUCUGCUGGAAGCCCCAUGAGGUACUUAAGGACCUGCCUCUGGGGUCCUACUCCUACUGCUCACCGCCCAGCUCGCUCAUGACCUACUUCUUCCCCACCGAGAGGGGCGGCAAGAUCUACUACGAUGGCAUGGGCCAGGACCUGGCCGACAUCCGGGGUUCCCUUGAGUUGGCCAUGACGCACCCUGAGUUCUACUGGUAUGUCGACGAGGGCCUUUCUGCAGAAAACCUCAAGAGCUCUCUUCUGCGCAGCGAGAUCCUGUUUGGAGCACCCCUGCCCAACUACUACUCAGUGGAUGAUCGCUGGGAGGAGCAGCGGGCCAAGUUCCAGAGCUUUGUGGUCACCUAUGUGGCCAUGCUGGCCAAGCAGUCUACUAGCAAAGUACAGGUUCUGUACGGGGGGACGGACCUCUUUGAUUAUGAGGUGCGCAGAACCUUCAACAAUGACAUGCUCCUCGCCUUCGUCAGCAGCAGCUGCAUUGCUGCCCUUGUCUACAUCCUCACCUCCUGCUCAGUGUUCCUGUCCUUCUUUGGGAUCGCCAGCAUCGGCCUCAGCUGCCUGGUGGCCCUCUUCCUGUACCACGUGGUCUUUGGUGUCCAGUACCUGGGCAUCCUCAAUGGGGUGGCCGCCUUCGUGAUAGUGGGCAUUGGUGUGGAUGACGUCUUCGUGUUCAUCAACACCUACCGGCAGGCCACCCACCUGGAGGACCCGCAGCUGCGGAUGAUCCACACCAUCCAGACCGCAGGCAAGGCCACCUUCUUCACCUCCCUGACCACGGCCGCCGCCUACGCAGCCAACGUCUUCUCCCAGCCUCCUCUACUUCUCCAUCACCAGAUCCCGGCUGUCCACGACUUUGGCCUGUUCAUGUCUCUCAUCGUGUCCUGCUGCUGGCUGGCCGUGCUCUUCACUAUGCCUGCUGCCCUGGGCAUCUGGAGUCUUUACAUGGCACCGCUAGAGAGCGCCUGCCAGACCAGCUGCCACCAGAAGUGUGGACACAGGAGCGCCCUGCACUUCCCUGGGGACGUGUUUGCGGCUCCUGAGCGGGCCGGGGGCGGCCCUGCCCAGGGCCCCAUGCCCUACCUGGACGACGACAUCCCCCUGCUGAAUGUAGAGGAGGAGCCAGUGUCACUGGAGCUGGGAGACGUGUCGCUGGUGUCUGUGCCCCCGGAAGGCCUGCAGCUGGCCCCAGAUCGGGGAAGCAGGGGGCAGCUCAUUGCUCAGCUGCAGGAGCUGCUGCACCACUGGGUCCUGUGGUCGGCUGUCAAGAGCCGCUGGGUGAUUGUGGGGCUCUUUGUCUCUAUCCUCAUACUGUCCCUGGUGUUCGCCAGCCGGCUGCGCCCUGCCAGCCGGGCCCCCCUGCUCUUCCGGCCCGAUACCAACAUCCAGGUGCUGCUGGACCUCAAGUACAACCUGAGCGCAGAGGGCAUCUCCUGCAUCACCUGUUCAGGUCUGUUCCAGGAGAAGCCCCACAGCCUGCAGAACAACAUCCGGGCAUCCCUGGAGAAGAAGAAGAGGGGCUCCGGCGUCCCCUGGGUCAGCCGGCCCGAGGCUACGCUGCUGGACUCCCCAGGCACUGUGUAUGUCUCCAAGGUGAAGAGUAAAGGCCGCCCAGCUGUCUACAGGUUCUCCCUCAACGCCAGCCUGCCUUCCCCUUGGCAGAUGGUGUCCCCCGGGGACGGGGAGGUGCCCUCCUUCCAGGUGUAUAGAGCGCCUUUUGGUAACUUCACCAAGAAGCUGACCGCUUGUAUGUCUACAGUAGGGCUGCUCCAGGCGGCGAGCCCCUCCCGCAAGUGGAUGGUGACAGCCUUGGCCUGUGAUGCCAAGCGGGGCUGGAAGUUUGACUUCAGUUUCUAUGUGGCCACCAAGGAGCAGCAGCACACCAGGAAACUCUACUUUGCCCAGUCUCACAAGCCCCCUUUCCACGGGCGUGUGUGCAUGGCACCUCCCGGCUGCCUGCUCAGCUCCAGCCCUGACGGGCCAACCAAAGGCUUCUUCUAUGUGCCCAGUGAGAAAGUGCCCAAGGCCCGUUUCUCUGCUACCUUCGGCUUCAACCCCUGCGUGAACACUGGCUGCGGGAAGCCAGCAGUGCGGCCGCUGGUGGAUACAGGGGCCAUGGUCUUCGUGGUCUUUGGCAUUACUGGCAUCAACCGCACGCGGCAGGUGGACAACCAUGUCAUCGGAGACCCGGGCAGUGUCAUCUAUGACAGCAGCUUUGAUCUCUUCAAAGAAAUUGGGCACCUGUGUCGCCUCUGCAAGGCUAUUGCGGGUAACUCGGAGCUGGUGAAGCCAGGCGGGGCCCAGUGCCUGCCCUCAGGCUACAGCAUCUCCUCCUUCCUGCAGAUGUUGCACCCUGAGUGCAAGGAGCUGCCCGAGCCCAACCUGCUCCCAGGCCAGCUGUCACACGGGGCGGUGGGCGUCAGGGAGGGCCGUGUGCAGUGGAUCUCCAUGGCCUUCGAAUCGACCACGUACAGGGGCAAGUCCUCCUUCCAGACCUACUCGGACUACCUGCGCUGGGAGAGCUUCCUGCAGCAGCAGCUGCGGGUGUUCCCCGAGGGCUCGGCGCUGCGCCGCGGCUUCCAGACCUGCGAGCACUGGAAGCAGAUCUUCAUGGAGAUCAUAGGGGUGCAGAGCGCCCUGUACGGCCUGGCCCUCUCCUUACUCAUCUGUGUGGCCGCAGUGACCGUGUUCACCACCCACAUACUGCUCCUGCUGCCUGUGCUCCUGAGCAUCUUGGGCAUCGUCUGCCUGGUGGUGACCAUCAUGUACUGGAGCGGCUGGGAAAUGGGCGCCGUGGAAGCCAUCUCCCUGUCCAUCCUCGUCGGCUCCUCCGUGGAUUACUGCGUCCAUCUGGUUGAGGGCUACUUGCUGGCAGGAGAGAACCUGCCCCCCCACCAGGCUGAGGAUGCCCACUCGCAGCGCCAGUGGCGGACGCUGGAGGCCGUGCGGCACGUGGGCGUGGCCAUUGUAUCGAGUGCCCUCACCACCGUCAUCGCCACGGUGCCCCUCUUCUUCUGCAUCAUCGCCCCGUUCGCCAAGUUUGGCAAGAUCGUUGCACUCAACACAGGCGUCUCCAUCCUCUACACGCUCACCGUCAGCACGGCCCUGCUGGGCAUCAUGGCGCCAGGCUCCUUCACCCGGACCAGGACUUCAUUCCUCAAAGCCCUGGGUGCCGUGCUCCUGGCGGGGGCCCUGGGGCUGGGUGCCUGCCUUGUGCUGCUCCACAGUGGCUUUAAGAUCCCCCUGCCCAGCGGGACCUCUCUAUAGCCCUGGCACCUGGGUCCUGACUCUUGCACACCUUGGUCCAGCACAUGGGGAAUGAGACCUUGUUCUCUGAGCCCCCAGAGGCACUUUGUUUCCCAGCUCGGCUCCAGCCUGUAUGUCCCAGGCCUGUGCUGGAAGGUGCCCUUUGGCCCAGCUUGGGAGCUGACACCUGCCUGUGUAGCCCACACUGCCUUCAUCACAGCACCGAGCCAGAGCAGGGUGGGGGUGCUGGCUGCCACCCCACCCCACCCCACCCGGCUUCUAGCAGUCACCCAGGAUGUCCCCAGACAGCAGAAGAGAGCAGCCCUUCUCCCGCGCCUGGUCUGGUUAUUUUUGCAAGGAGCAUCCCUCUCACACUGCCUCAAGGCUCACAGCAACCUUCUGAAGAGCCCCCAUUCUACAGAUGCCACAGCCGAGGCACCAGGAGGCCGACUGAAGGCCUAGCUGGGUCAGUGGCAGAGCCAGAGCUGCCCCCCUCCCCGCCCCCCGCCAGGGCCGUGCUGCCCUCGGGGACUUUGCAGGAAGAGCACAGUGAGUUCAAGGGCAGGGGCCUGGCUCCGCCUGCCCCUCCUCCCCUUCCCUGCAGCUUUGUGGCAGAGGCCAGUGCUGAUCCUGUGCUCCUUCCCAGGCCUUUUUGGUCCUGGCCGGAGAAGACAGAGGGAUUGGCCUGGGAUUUUGCAUGUCCUAGCCCUGGACCAGCCUCAUGGGGUUCCUCCUCCCCAGUGGCUGGGGGGCCCCAGCACAGCCUUCCUCAUUGAUCUGGGCCCCCACCUCUCUCACCUGACUCUGGGGGUGGAAUUUGGGGUGGGGGGCAGCCCCCAGGGCUGGGGAGCUGGUUGCACCUGCCACCUAUUGCAGCAGACAGCUCCUAUUAAACUGGAAUGAAACUGCAGACCACCACCAUUCACACAAGCAUUUCAGCAUUGCCGGUUCCAUCAUAUUCUUAAAAUUGAAAGAACUGAGUGUUUGCAUGCUGUCCAACCAGAACCUGGCACAAGGGUUAAGGCUGCCCCUGGAAGGAGAUGGGGGUGGGUGGAGGGUCUGGAUCCUCGGGGACAGGGCACAGUGGGAGGGCCUCUGGGAUAGCACUGUGGGAUUGGAAACCUGUAGGUGCUCCUUCUUUUAGGGGUUCAUCUGGUUCCCCAGGUGGGACAUUGUUGAGCACCUUUGGUGUACAUGGCACUGAGCUGGGGCACUGACCUUCCUUGGGGCAGGCGUUGUCCCCUUUAGGAAGCUGGAUGCAGACUGAGCUGGGCUGGGCCCUGAGGCUGGGAGAGGCAUCAUCAGGGUAGCCUCCAGGCUAGCAUCUAAAUAUUAACGGGGCUUUGGAGACACUAGACAGACCCUCCUAGUGGGCACCUGGGACCCAGAGGCACUCAGCAUUUAUUGAAGAAAUAGCAGAUCUUUGGACCCACCAUCUAUGGUGAAAACAACACCAAACAAGCAAUUAAUGGUACUAGUUGACAUGUAGAAACUGUGCCAGACGCUCUUCUCCGGGUUUGUACUGGUCUGCUAGGGCAGCCAUAACAAAGUGACACAAACAGGGUGGCUCAUAACAGAAAUGUAUUCUCCAUGGUUCUAGAGGUUAGAGUCCAGAAUCAAGUCCUUGAUCCCCCAGCAGGUGAUUCCCUCUGGAGGCUCCGAGGGAGAUGACAGUUUCUGCUGGUGGCCGGCAGCCCUUGGUGUUCCCUGGUUUGUAGGUGCGCCAGUCCAGUCUCUGCCUCCAUCUUCAUGUGCCCCUCUUUUCUCGGCAACAUUCACAUUGUCUUCCCUAGGAUCGGCCUUGAUGACCUCAGCUUGACUUGGUCAUCUGCAAAGACCCCAUUUCCAAGUAAGUUCAUGUUCACAAGCACCGGGUUUGGGACUUCCACAUGUCUUUCUGCAGGACACAAUCAACCCAGAGGAGGGUUCAACAGGCAUCAGCUCAUUAGUUAACCUUAAUGAAUGGGUGCUGUCAUACCCUCUUACAUAUGGGGAAAUCAAGUCUCCAGGAGAUCGCCUUGCCCAGGUCACACUGAUGGUGCAGCCAGACUCUGACCCCAGCCAGCCUGUCACAGGGUGUCAACCAGUAUAUGUAUCUCAGGGGAUUGUAACAAAGGGUGAUGACAUUACAGGAACAUUUGAGGUUGGUGGUCAAAUUAAGAGGGCUGUUCUUAGAAAUUCUGGAAUGGAAACCCUUGAAUUUGUACAGUACUUCACAUUGAAGUAUUCUCCCGUCCGCUUUAUGUGAAACCUGAGCCGUCGGAGGCUGAGGGGAGGGUCCUGCUG